AUGGAGAACGAUUUUAGGACUGAGUCAUCAUCAUCCACCUUUGCUCUUCAAAGUUCUUCAGAGACAUUGUUUUCUAUUCAGCUGUUAGAUUUCAAAACAAGUUUACUAGAAGCAUUAGAAGAAUUACGUAUGAGAAGGGAAGCAGAAAUUCAGUAUGAAGAGCAGAUUGGUAAAAUUAUUGUGGAGAUACAAGAACUUAAAUGGCAAAAGGAAAAUCUUCAGAAUCAAAAGGAAACAUUAGCAAAGCAACACAAAGAAGCAAUGGCAGUUUUUAAAAAGCAGUUGCAAAUGAAGAUGUGUGCCUUGGAAGAAGAAAAGGGAAAAUAUCAACUUGCUACAGAAAUAAAAGAAAAAGAAAUAGAAGGAUUGAAGGAAACAGUAAAAGCAUUACAGGUUUCUAAAUAUUCUUUACAGAAGAAAGUUAGUGAAAUGGAACAAAAAGUUCAGUUACAUCUUCUGGCUAAAGAAGAUCAUCAGAAGCAACUGAAUGAAAUUGAGAAAUACUAUGCCACAAUAACAGGCCAGUUUGGAUUGGUAAAAGAGAAUCAUGAAAAGUUAGAACAAAAUGUACAAGAAGCAAUACAGUUAAACAAAAGACUUUCAGCUUUAAAUAAAAAACAAGAAUCUGAAAUAUACAGUUUAAAAAAGGAAUUAAAAGAAAUAACCUCAGACUUGAUAAAGUCCAAAGUCACAUGUCAAUAUAAGAUGGGAGAAGAAAACAUCAAUUUAACAAUUAAAGAACAAAAAUUUCAGGAACUUCAAGAAAGACUCAACAUGGAAUUGGAAUUAAAUAAGAGGAUUAAUGAAGAGAUUACCCGUAUUCAAGAAGAAAAACAGGAUGUCAUCAUUUCUUUCCAACAUAUGCAGCAGUUACUUCAGCAACAGACUCAAGUUAAUACUGAACUGGAAGCAGAAUUGAAGGGGCUAAGAGAAAAUAAUCAGACCCUUGAAAGAGAUAAUGAGCUGCAAAGGGAGAAGGUGAGAGAAAAUGAAGAAAAGUUCCUUAAUCUCCAAAAUGAGCAUGAGAAAGCACUUGGAACUUGGAAAAAGCAUGUUGAAGAACUUAAUGGAGAAAUUCAUGAGAUUAAAAAUGAGUUGUCAUCACUUAAAGAAACUCAUAUCAAGUUACAAGAACAUUACAAUGAAUUAUGUGAUCAGAAAAAGUUUGAGGAAGACAAGAAGUUUCAGAAUCUUCCAGAAGUAGAUACUGAACACAGUGAGAUGUCAGUGGGAAAAUUACAAAACAGCAUCAUACAGAAAUGUAAUUCUGGGCAAGAAAUAAGAGAAGAAAGUACUGGGAGUUUUUGUUUAGAUACUGAGUACAGAAAACAGGAGGAAAAGAAAGAAGGCCCACUUAUAGAAGAAAUCAUUAUAGAAGAUUUACAGCUUUCUGAAAAAAUAUCAAAGAAUAAAAUUGAUACUACUGUACCUCAGGAUGGAAAUCAAAGUGAAAUCUCCCUAAGCAAAACCCUCUGCAUAGAAGAAUUAAUUAGUCAAGGGCAAACCUUGAAUCCUACUGACUUCAGAAAAGCAGUUACUACAGAAAUAAAAGACGCGGUGGGCUUGGAAAAAGACAGUGGACGUACAGAAUUUAAAUCAACAAAUAAUUCUUUUUUAGUGGCAGAUAUAUCAAGAGAAACAGAGAAGAUACACCUAGAAAUAACUAAAGGAUUAGAUCUUCACUCUGCAGAUGUACAUCUGGAGGUUGAAAAUAACAGAACAUUAUUUAACAGUAUCUUAAAUGAGAUGGCUCACAAUACAAAUCAUAUAAAAGAUACCUCUAAAAACGAACCAUUCAAACAAUUCAGAUUGCUUCCAGGGACUCAAGAAAAUGCCACAGAGAAGGAAAUUACAAAUAGUGACCAAACCAAACUAGGAGUUUUGGAUUCAUUUCUAGAUGUAAAAAAGAAUCCUGUUCAGUGUCAGAAAUACAAUUUACAUGAUUCUAGUAAUGUUAUCUUGGAUGAUAAACAAUGUAAAAUAAAACAAAUACAACUGUUAAAUAAAAAAAGUGAGUGUAGCACAUUGCCGUUUAAACAAAUUUCAGAUGUUCAGCAAGUCUGUAAUGAUACUUCAGAGAAACCUGAACUAAAUAGUCCUUGUGACACAGCAACCAACCAUCCUAUUUCAUCUGCUGUUUUCAGUGAUAAUUUGGAAGUACUUCUUAAGAAUUCAGAUAAAAAUGUUAGUAUUAUGCCUAUGAUGGUGAAACCCAAUUUAGGCCCUGAGAAAAGAGCCAUAUGUAAAAAUCUGGAUGAUACACAAGAGAGUCAAUUUAAGAAUUGUUUGAGAUAUUUAGAAAACACUGUGAACAUUUCCUAUCUUCAGGUCAACAAUGAGAAUAUACAUGCUUCACAAGCCAGAGAUAUGAAAACUGCUGUUCAUACAACAACUUCUACCGAAAUACAGUUUUCCAAUAGAGAGAGUCAGAUUGAUGGGAAUCAGAUAACUGAAGCCACGAGAAAUGAUGGCUUCCUUUUUGUGGAUAUUAAUGAAAGACAACAUACAUUGUUAAAUAAUACAGAGAAAACGGAAUCAUUAAAUGACACCGUUUCAGGAAAAAUUUACAGUGAUGGACAGCUGGAAAAAUCAUGUUCAUUUCACAUAAAGCCAUCUGGAGAUUUAGUAAACAGAAGUGGAAGGUCAGCCUUUGAUCUUUCAACUUCAGAUAAAAAAACUGAGAAAACUCCAGUAUAUGUGAAUGUUUUAGACCCCAGUCCUUGGUCAAAAGUAAAUCAAACUGAAAGUCAAACAGUGAGCACUUCACCUUGUAGCAUUCCUUCAUUGCUGAAGGAGAGUCCAAUAGGUCCAUCAGAAAACAAGAUCGUUUCAGUGACACUCUGUAAAAGUGUUGGUGUGGAUGAUGUCAGGACAGAUACUGGACCAGAUACUACCAGCAUUAACAGAGUUGCUGACACUUUGAAUAACUCGACUAUCCAUCCAGAUCCCAAGGGACAGCCCAGUGAAGAGAGGAAUGCAAUUGCAGAGACUUUUUAUGAUUCUUCUUUUCCCACAGAACAUGUAAAAACUAAAAUAGAUAUAGCCAACCUAUUACAAAGUGAUUUUCAGACAAUGAAGAUUAAAGAUACUGAUUUAACUGUGUCUUUUACUUGUGAAGAUGACUGGCAGAGCCUGAUAACAAAUCAAAUAAACAAAAUCGAAAAGUUCCUAACCUCAGAAAAUGGCAACCAACCUAAAAAAAGAAAAGCUGAAGAGAUGUUGGAUUAGAGAUUAAAAUAAUGCUUUCAGCGGUGAACU